AUGCCGAAAGGCCAACACGACAGUCGAGAAACAAAAGAAUUUAUGUUCAAUGUGAUCAAAUUUUUUGAAGAAGAGAAAGAUAGAGCACCCAUACCAUUAUUCAAUGUCAAUGAUCGUAUAAUGGCUGCACUUCAAAUACCGCAUGAUGCUCUGCUGCUUGAGCAACAGCAACAACAACGACCAUAUGUACUGGCACAAAAAUAUAAAAACGAGUGCUUUCGUCGACGAUCAUCGUCACCUUACACAAGACCCAUAAAUGACCAGUCCAGAAAUUCGGAUAUACCUCGUCCAGCUGCUAACCCACCAGCGAAACGUGAUGGUCCUGGCUGUUUAAAAAUUUCUUUAACUGAAUAUGAAAAAGACUUAUGGAGGAGAAACGAACCAUUUUGGGUUGAUAAUCAGGGUCAAGGGAGAAUACGCACAAAUCAAGGAACAGGACCUCGUGUUGCAAUUAGUGCAUUAAUCAACGAGAAUGAUUUUCAUCAUCCAUCAGCUGAUAUGUUCAAAUGCAACCAAGAACACUCAAUGGAUUCCAUGCACUUUAUACGCUGGAUCGGUGAAACAUGUUCCAAGCUACGAAAAGAACUUUGUAAGAGUCUUGAUUAUUUAAUUGUUCAUGACGCUUUUUAUAAAGGAAAUGCACAUUCAAUAACUAUUAUUAUCGACAAUGCCUCUUGGCAUCGUGAAUUAACAAAUAAUGCAAAAUCACCUCAACGUUCAUGA